AUGACAGACGCAAGAAGUUUAAAAGAAGCUAUCGAGCAGUAUGAAACCCAGCUAUCACAAGUGGACACAACAUUAUCUAUAACGCCGAAAGGUCCCGAUAAAGAUAAUUUGCUCAGUCUCAAGUCUGAUAUCGAGGAACUUAUUUCUUUGACGAAAGAAAGUUUGCAACGUCUCGAAGGAGAAAACAAAAAUAAGAAUGAUAGUAAUUCUUAUAAUCCUGAUGACAAGGUGGAGGAUCUAUUGGAUAGAGAAUAUCUAUUGUUCAAGGCAGAGCUGGAAAAACUUGCAGACAACAGCGAGGAUAAACAAGACGAUAUGACUACUGCAGCUUCUAAUAGCAUUGAAGAUGAAUUAAAAGAGCUAGAGGGUAUGAAAUGUAAAGCUCCUCAUGGCAGUACUUGGGGUGGUAUCGGUUAUCACAAUGCUAUGAUAUGUUCUGUUUAUAGAGACAGUGAUGAAACAAUUAAAAAUAUCCAUGACAUUAAGGUUCGAGUGCUCUUUCUCAAUCCAACGCAUAAAGAAAUGGUACCAUGUCCAUAUUUUCUCAACAGUAAUUGCAAGUUUUCCGACGAAAAUUGCCAUUAUUGUCAUGGUGAAAUUGUGCCAUUUUCAAGCCUACAGGAGUACAAAGAGCCUGAUUUUUAUAACAUCAAAGUGGGAAGUAAAGUGUUAACUAAACAAAAAAAUAACAUGUGGCAAAGAUCUGUUGUUUUAAAAUUGCCUGAAAAGGGUGGAGAUGAAUAUAGAGUAAAAUUUGAGUCAAGCGGUAAAAUUAUAGAAGCUGGUUUACAAGAUCUCUUACCACUUGAUGACACAAACUUAGAAAUGUCAGAUACAUCUAAUGAUACCGAUGAUGGCGAUGAAGAUAUUAAUAAUGUUGAUAACGAUUCCGAGUCAAACUUUUAUAGAAAUGAUCAAUUAGUUCACAAAUCUCUUUUCACGUUACAAUCCAAUGAGCCUUUAGGAAAUUGGGAGAGACACACACGUGGCAUUGGAAGUAAAUUAAUGAUGCAAAUGGGUUAUGUAAUUGGUACUGGUCUUGGAAAACAGAGUGAUGGUAGAAUAGAACCUGUUGAAGCCCAAGUUUUGCCGGCAGGAAAAUCAUUAGAUCAUUGUAUGGAAUUACGUGAAUUUGCUGGUAACGACAAAGAUUUGUUUUCUGCUGAACGUAAAAUGCGGAAACAACAACAAAAAUUGGAGCAACAAAGAGAAAAACAGUAUCAGAGAGAAAAACAAAAAGAGGAUAAUAAUGUGUUUAAUUUCAUAAAUAGAACGUUAGGUGAUAAGCCUAAAGAAAGUAUAACAGCUAGUAGUUCGCAAAGUAAAAAUAAACUUAGAGCAGAAUCCAAUAGGAAUCUAAAUGUAGCCAGUUUUCAAAUUGGGGAAAACAUAAAUCGUUUAGAAAGGGAAUCGUCGAAGCUCAAAGAAUCGUUAACAAAGCAUGCCAAGGGUAGCGUACUUUAUAAUAGCAUUGCAAUAAAAUAUAACGAGAAACAAAAGGAACUUGUUAAUUUAAAAGCCUCUGAGAAAAGUAUUGUCGCCGAACAGAAUCAAAGGAGAAAUAAAGCUAAAUUAUCUGUAUUUUGAUAUUUGUACGACAGAUAAAAAAUAUAAGUAUGGCUGUAUAUAAAGUUAAA